ACAGAUUGCAGCCUCUGAAUCCAGAUCCUCUCUGCUACACUUGUUUCUCUUUUACUUUCUUGCUAGCUUGUUUUCUUUCGUGAGCAAGACAAAUAUAUGUUUAAGUUUAUGUUUCUCAUUAACUAGAGGGGAUAUUGUUUAACUCUUUUCUACCCUAUGGCUGCUCUGACAUGGAGUGAAUAUGUCACCCAAUCAAACAAAGUCAGCGCCAUAAAACCCCAACCCCUCCCGAAGAGGAAAAGGGAGAGACUGAAAAUCAGAGGGGGAAUGAAAAAGACUUGAAGAGGAGAAGAAGCAAUAAAGUACAGUGGAACCUAGUGCUUUUUCAGGAGAACUAUUUCUUGUCCAACAGAUGUGGAUAAAAACAAACAAGAAUGGUCGAGGCCAGCGAGAGACAUUUCAUCUUCAGUCAGCGAGUGCUGAAAGUUCUCUCGUUGUUUACUGGGGACAUGGAGCACAUGGAUAAGUAUAUGCAGGGUAGGAACUGUUUUACCAUACACUUUUGAACAAUUAAUAGAUUAGUAUUUUAUGUUUGUUUUUUUUUUUGAUGUAUUUCAAAAUGUCAAAUCUGAACAUUCUCAUCUUGUGAAUAAUCCUAAAAAAUUUUCUUCAUCGUCACCCUGUAAGAAAAUAUUUGUGAGUGAUGAACUACUCAUACAGUAAACUAAUGCUUAUUUCAUUAUUACAGAUAUUAGGCUGUGUAACCUUCCCCUUACAUGAAACAUACCGAAAAAACUUAAGGUGUAACUUUCAUUAAAAAUGACAACGAGAGAUCUGACUAAGGAUGUUGAGUUUACCUUUUUUUUUUUCUUUUUUUCUUUUGAGGAAAAGUUUUUGAGAAGAAUUGUAGUCAAGGAAACUGAGCCAAAUGUUUUAUCUCUGUGUCCUUAGACAAGUUUAUUUUUCUGCAGCUGGUGGUGUGGUGUCUGAGAGGGGUGACCAGAGUGACUCUGGCUAACAACCCGCUGAGCGGUGCUCUGAUCUUGGUCGCCCUGUACUGGGACUCCCCCUGGCAGGGCUUGCUGGGAACUCUAGGUGUACUGGCCUCUACUCUAACAGCUGUUAUCCUAGGGCAAGACAGGUGGAAUAAUACAACGUUUUACAAAAAAUACACAUAGAUAUCUAUGUGAAACUCUCAUUCAUUUUAAAAUACAUAAUAAUAAUGCACUUUCAAACUAUACUACAGAUAAAUAACAUAAAAAAAAUCUUAAAACACGCUGUGAAAACUUUUAGAGGCAACUUUUGUACACAACUUCAACUAAAAUGGUGCACUUUGUUUUAAUACUUGAUUUGUUUACAUGUUUUGUGUCACCCUGAGGACUGUAGUUAUGCCCUUUAACUGUACUCCAAAAUACAGACUAUAAGAAAAAAAUACAAGCUGUAUUUAUAAUCCAUGUUUCUUGCUGCUCUGUGUGUGCAUAUUUGCAGUGCUGAGAUAGCAGGAGGUCUCCAUGGUUUUAACGGCAUGUUGGUGUCACUGCUGAUGGGAAUAUUUAGCUCUGCUGAAGACUGGUACUGGUGGCUGCUGCUACCUGUCUGCGCUGGGUCAGCUACAUGGUAAGAAAAAGACACAUGGAUGCAACAUGAACACGCAUACAAGCAGUCAUUAGAUGAUACACAAUUAACCCACUUAAUCGCUGGAAGCAGAUCAUGAUGAAAAUCAAAUCAGAUUGCAAAAAUGAACUCCAAUUUGUUUUACAGAAUUACAGUACAACAUAGGGCAAGAUAUAAUACUCAACAGAUGACAACAGACAACAAACAAAACAAUAGGGUCAGAGCACAGCUACCUUUGAAAAGGGCACUGCUUUCCUAAAAUGUAGUGUUGAACAAGUUUCUCAGAAACAGUAAUAAGUUACUUUUUACUUAUUACUCUGUUUAAAAAGUAAUUUGUUACUUUACCUUUAAGUUAUACAUUAAUUUUUUUCUGCCCCAUAAUUAUCGACAACUUGCUUUGUCCUUUUGGAAGUCAACCGACUUUAUCUAAACAGUACUUAACCCUGCACGGGUCAACAAUCAGCCAAACUGCAAACACUGCCUUGUGACACAACUGACUGGACACAGUUUGCAUAUACUGGUACUUAAGCUGAAUAAAAAUUCAGACUUAGCAGGGCAUUACUGUUCAGAGGUGAGACCGUAAUUAUAAUUCUUACUUAUUAUACUAAUUAUAGUAGUUAUAGUUACUAAUUAUAAUGACAUAUUUCACGAAGAAAUGUAUACUUUUACACUGGAAAGAUGAUUUCCUGCCAACUUUCGAGCUCUUUGGAUCAGAUGUCAGCAUUUUUACCAUUAGAAAAGUUAACCCCCGAAAAACACAAUAGGACUCAUAUCUUCCAAGAUUUUUGGACUCCAUUAUUUUCAGAAUUGGAGAAUUUCUUUAGCAAGGACUGUUGACUAUUUGUGGUGAAGCAGGUAUGUAUUUGUACGAGCAUGUAUAUGGAUAUGUUCACAUGUGUGACCUGUAUGUAUGCACACCUGGAUAGAGUUCAUUGUUGUUAUUGUUGCUGCUUUUUUCUUUUUUUUAUUAGCUUGUUUGUUUGCUUACUUUUUUUGUUUUGUUUCUUUGUAAGGUGCAUGUCUGAUUCUGUGCUCUUUAUUUGUUGGUAUGUAGAUAUGUUUAUUUUAUUUUAUUUUAUUUUAUAUAUAUACAGUACAGGCCAAAAGUUUGGACACACCUUCUCAUUCAAUGUCUUUUCUUUAUUUUUUUAUAUGAAUAUUUACAUUGUAGAUGAUCACUGAAGGCAUCAAAACUAUGAAUGAACACAUGUAGAAUUUUGUACUUAUAAAAAAAGUAUGAAAUAACCGAAAAAAUGUUUUAUAUUCUAGUUUCUUUAAAAUAGCCAUCCUUUGGUUUUGAUGACAGAAGUACCUUGUCAGGGUUACUUCAGGCACUCCUGUGAAGUAAAAACCAUCUCAGGUGACUACCUCAUGAAGCUCAUUGAGAGAACAGCUAAAGUUUGCAGCGCUAUCAAAAAAGCAAAGGGUGGCUACUUUGAGAAAUCUAAAAUAUAAAACAUGUUUUCAGUUAUUUCACACUUUUUUCUUAAGCACAUGAUUCCACAUGUGUUCAUUCAUAGUUUUGAGAAUCUACAAUUUAAAUAGUAAUGAAAACAAAGAAAAUGCAUUGAAUGAGAAGGUGUGUCCAAACUUUUGGCCUGUACUGUAUAUAUAUUUAUUAUUUUUUUUUUUCUUUCUGUUUUUGUGUCUCUGGGGAGUGACGGGGAGGGUGGGAAACUAUGUGUUUAAAAGGAAAAAAAAAAGAAAAAAAAAAGAAAAAAAAGCGGACAAUUUUCAUUUUUGGUUGUUAUAUCAAUAUGAAAUAAAAAAGAUGUUUAAAAAAAAGAAGUGAGACCGUGGUUGUAUCUCAUAAGCAGAAGCUUCUCAAACCUCCUAUUUGACAGUCAGAGCACCAUACCUCCCAAACUAAAGAGGUUGAACUUCAUGUAAAUGUUUUAGAGGUUAAGAAUUGGUUCAGAAUCUCAGCCUCAUAACCUCAAGUAGUCCAUUACUUCUUUCUCUGCAGAGUAGCUGUCCUUGGGCUCUCUCUCAAAUACAAAAACGUCAAUUUCAUCAGUGCAGGCAGAUGCUGUUGAGGCAGCUGCAGGGUCCUCUGUGGGCGUAGUUGAGUGACACUCUGCUGUCAGAAGCUCCUUCACAUACUCUUUCCUGUCCUCGUCUUUCAGCCAUCAAAGUUUAAACUGCAGACAACUGGAAGCAACAAGAAGUGCAUCUCUGCUAUCUGGUACACCAGCAAAACCCGCCUGAAUGGGCUGAAACAUACAAUUCCAUCUAUUUCUAAUAAAUGUAAAACUGUUGUGCUUCAAUUUUUAAUUAUUUUAAUGUCGGCUAUUUCUUGUGGUGUGGGAUCACUAUCAUACAUUUAGUUUGUUUUAAAAUAAAGACAUUAAGAGCUUAGCCAUACCUGCGCAGUUAGGAUGUCCAACACUCUAAGUGGCUUCAAAACACUGUAGUGCUUUCGCAGGAAUUUGUACUCCUUGGCAUUGAUGCACUUAAUUCCCAGUUUCAGGCAUUAAUGGGAAUUUCUGUGGUUCUGGAAACCUCUGUAUCCUUGUAAAAUGCGUUGUAAAAUGAUUGAAGCUCACUUCCUUCACCUGCUCUGAUGCAACUGUGGAUAGACUUGCCUUGGUCCACAGAGCUGUGCAUUUUGCUAUACUACUCCUAUACACAGCCUUAGUUUCUGUGGAAAUGAGGUUAAUUGUAUGAGAUGCGCACUGGUAAAGUGGGGGAAGAGUAAACUGGCCAUCACAAUCAGCAGUGAGCUCAGUAAAAGUGACAUCCCAGUUUUUGUCUCUUCCAUGUCUAAAUCAGUGAUCUAAAUCCUGUCUAAAUCGUAUUGACUGGCUGGUACAUUUAAAGUGCUUCGGCAAAAUUUGACGUGUUGUCUGUAACAGUAAUGAAUCUUUUCUAACUCUGUGCCAAUAAUAAAUCAAAUGUGUGCCUGCCUCUGAUUCUUUUACAUAGCCUUGUUGUGCUCCAGAGUUGGACUUCUGAUUGGAUAAACGGUCACACCCACAAAACUUUUGUUGUUAGCUGUCCAGAUGUCAGCUGUGGCACUUUUAAUUCACACUAAUGGUGGACCGAAGCUGUGCUGAUCUCUGGUCAGAAAGUGGCAGCCCGCAGGUGCUUGGCUGAGUCCCAAGUUGAGGUCAGAACAAGUCAGAAGCACUCAGUUGGUACUUUUGGUACAGCUGGUACUCAGUAGUUUUAGAUCCUAAUAACUUCCUAAUACCAGGAAAAACAAAAAGUUAAAAUGCGACAGAUUUUCAGGGGUUAUUUGGGGUGAAACAACAUUUGGGCAUUUAUUUAAUAAUUUUGUAAUAAAGUAAAUAAGGUAAUUCUUUGACACCCCAACCUCUUCUCCAGUGUCUUUCUCUACAGUGCUCUAUCUUCAGUGUUGGACCGCUGGGAUUUGCCGGCCUCUGUGUUUCCUUUCAACACUGUUAUUGUCCUCUACCUUCUUUGUGCCGGCCCAGAUAACCCCUAUUUCCCGCACCACCCAGCUGUGCCCCCGGGGCUGCCGGAUCCCAAUGGCACCAAGCUAGUUGUGAUGGAGGUAAGGCAAUCAAAUGAUUGGAAAACAUGUGAACUAGAAGAGGAAAUGAAGGAUUCGAUAAUAGCAAACUAUGUCUGUUGUCAGCGAAUUUGAUUUUUUCAUGUGACGCCCUUAAUUAUUUAAUGGAAGUAACCGAUGUAGCACUAAUUUCUCCCGGUGAGUUUUUAUAAUUCACUGUAACACUGGGAGUUAAAAUUGAAAUGAUAGCUUUUACUGGAAACUUGGCUUACAUAAAAAAUAUAUAAAAUAAGUUAAAAUUGUUUUGGGGGGACUAAGAUAUGUUGGAUUUAGGCCGAUUUUAUCUUUUGUUUUUCUGACUUGUAGUGUUUACAACAAAGGAACUGAUACCAACACAAUGAUAUCUCUCACUUGAGCCUCUUGUGACUCAUCUAUUCGAUUGCAACAGUUCUUACUAGAGCACCUGUUUAGAAAUAAUCAUUAUAAUAACAUUUACUAUUUCAGUUGACAAUUCGAAGUGAUUGAAACUCAACAGAGAUGUGACUGUUGCUUUAAAUUACUUUGGGAGGUUUCUGUAAAAUACUGAAACAUAUAGGUUUGUGAUGGAAAUGGUUUACUGGGUCACUGGGUAUACAUUGUGUCUUAUCCUGGAAAUAAAGCAGUAAUUUAUAGCUGCUUAACUUUUGUACUGCCAGGAAAAAGACCCAACCAAUAAACCUCUUUUUCUUAGUGAAAACCGGUUACUUAACAUGCAAGCUGUUGCAUAAUGAGAGGGAGAGACUAGUGGUGAAUGCUAAUGAAUACAUCCACUAAACUUGUAGGAAAACCUUGACGAAAGAGUUCAGAGUCUUGAUCACUCCUGCAGUUGGCCAUUUCAACAUGAUUCCAUGAAAGACUGACUUAAUGUAAAUCUCCAUGAGUUCAUUUACAAACAGGCCUGUUUUGUCGUUUGUACUUGCUUGUAACUUGUACUAAUCAACAUAAUACUGGAGACAAGUGGAUAAUCUCAUUCCAUCUUCACAAAACUAUUAAAAACGAGUCCAGGUCACUUUUCUGAAAAUUUAAACAAGUGAAAUGUUGAAUUUGAGUAUUGACCUCAUCUUUAUACUUACUGCCUAGAGAUAAUUCCUUGUGAUCCACAGCAUUAUGAAAAAAAAAAGAUUUAUUGUUGUAUUGAUUAUAUAAAUAGGCCUCUGCCUUGGGAUUAAACAGAGAAGAGGAUUGACUGAUGUUGUCUGAAGUUUCUCCUUUGUCCUCUUUCCAUUUUUAACAAAUCCACUUCCUCAAUGUAUUCUUGUAUUUUUUCAUUCCUCAGUCCAGUGUGUUUUUUUAACUGUGUUGUCCUUCUUUAUUCAUUCUUUGCCCCCCACCCCCCUUUUAAUCUUUCCUCUACUCCUCUCCAGAGAUAGCGAUGACGUCUGUCCUAUUUAUAUUUUAAUGUCUCCAGCUUCCACUUUUGGUAGCGUUUUGGCUGCAUCACAGCUGUUUACAUGCACACACCCUUACAGCAUGUACAUCCGAAGAUUUGUGCGGAAGCAGUACGCUUAAAUACCAUUUGUCAGUAGUAAAUUUCAGCAGUAGGCAGGUGCACCAGUCACGUCGCCAUGGAAACCUUUCCCCUUCACACUGACUGCUUGGAAAGCAGUGUGUGUAUGUGUUACUGUGUUUCUGCAUUUGGAUUCAUUCAUGAAACGUGAGCAUGACGACUUUGGUGAUCCAGCAUUCGUAAAUAUAUUAGCUUCAAUUUGAUCUUAGCUACUAACGAAAUCUGCACCUGCCUUCGACCACAUGUGUUGGCUAACAGAAGAAUACUCAUAAAUAAAGAGGAGUGAGUACUUUUUUAAGCACAUAAUUGACCCAAAAAUUGAUAUGUAUGACUUAAAGCGAAAUUUGGUAACAAGCAGAUUUGAGCUUCCAAUUGGUUUAAAAUGCAAAAUGGGUUCGAAACUACUCUGUUUAAUAGUAAUCAAACACAGUGGCUUGGUGGUCUGGUGGGAUGCAUGACAGCCUUAUCUGAGCAACAGUGCAGGUGGCUCUUGUUUCGAGAAUGGCUCAGUGACAGACAACUGGUUUUCUAGCAUUGGGUUGCACAGAUAGAUACUAGGUGGUACGAUAGCACAUGCACUUUGCCCUCUGGACUAAACAAGGACCCUUUAAAUACGUUUUUUAUUAUUAUAAUUUUUUAUAGUCAAUCAAUACUCAAUUAAAAGCGUGUAACAAUGAUGCUCCAAAAUGCCCCCUCCAUUCACACACACAUGAACGCACACUCAUGUUCAUAAACUGCACUUACUGCCAGUAUGUUUUCAUGAGAUACCUUUCUGCAUAGUGCAAACUCUUUAUAACUUCUCCAAUCCUUUCUUCAUGCAGCUAAUUCUUGGCAUACCUCUUGGUGUGGGUCAGAUCUUUGCCUGUGCAUCUUUUGGGCCCUCCACCCUAAUCCUGGGAGCCAUUCUCCUGUAUUCCCCCCUGCUGGCCCUUCAUGCUUUACUGGGUUCAGCUGUUGGAAUCCUGUCUGGUGAGUCCUUUUGCAAUGCCUCAUUUCUGAGAUCCCUGAUUAGAUUGAGGGUGAUGAGGAAUAGAGUAAAGUUUAGACAAGCAAUGGUUGAGCUUAGAGACCAAGAACCAGGACAAAAUUUUAAAUGUAUAAAACUUCUGCAUAUGUAUGAGUAUUUGAUGAGCUCAAAAUGUGUUUGGGUUCAUAGAUUGUUUAAGUAAUGCAUGCAUCCGGAAAGGCAUUACUUACACAAUCCAUUUUUUCCCCACAUGGAAUAAACUCUUCUAUUAGUGCACAGAGCAGUUUGUGGUGUUGUGGUAUUAUUUUGAGGUUUCCUGCUGAAGUCCUGCUUGACCCCAAAUCUACAAAGGCAAAUAUGGACCUGUUGUAGUUCUUCUUUCUGCAAGAAUUCAAAAAGAAAUUCAGCCUUUUGCACAAAGGUGAGAAAGGUGCUUGAAAUCUUGAGAGACUCCAAAUUAAUUCCCUUUUUCACCAGGCCUGUAAUUUUUUUAUGUUUUUGGACAGUAUGAAAAGGGUCAUAAAUUGAAAUUCCCAUUACAUAUGGAUGAAAAAUGCAGAGAUAUACGCUUUUGAGCUUUAUGGAUUUUUUUAAUACAACCAGUGGUGGCUGUUCAGUAUGUGUCUAGCACCACCACAUGGAUAUUUCUAUAACAGCCAUGUAUUUUUUUUCCCCCUCAUCAACAGCUGAGCAAUACUCUUUAGUUUAGUAUGAAUAAUCUAAUUUGUUGAACUUUCUCUAACUCUCUGACAGGUUUGUCCAUGGCAGUGCGUCAUGAUUUUCUGUACUCAGGUCUAGCAGGGUUUAAUGGCGCCUUGGGCUGCAUGGCUGUUGGAGGAGUCUUCUUCACCUUUAGCUGGAGGACUCAUCUCUUCGCCAUUGCCAGUGGUAACACAUAAACCCACACGUACAUACACUCUCACUCUUGAUGCUAUCUGUGCAUGUCUCCACUGGUGAGCAUGAUAACAGUGUUGGAAAAAUGUCAAAUUUAUUUAACCUCAACAAAACCUGUGUUGUGCAAACAGAAACAAAACAAUUUAGUUGUUGUUGCUUUUGCUAGUUUGUAACCCGCAGAGCUGUUGGGUUACCUAUAACAUAGUACCAAUAAGAUGUCUAAGAAAAUCUUCUUAAAUAUAGUAUUCUGUCAAACUUCAAAAGGUUUUUGAAUAGCUAAAAUAAAUACUUGUGGUGAUCCUUUAGUAGUAGAUGGCUCUCUUCCAUAUUCUGCUAGCUUUAAUGUUGCUGUAUGUUGCAUAGUCACUAUUGAUAAAACUAGUACCUCCCACUUCAAAUCACCUUGAGUAUGCAACGGCCAGUCAAAUAUAGUGGUUGAUCCUAAGAGAAAUUGUUACUAAAUUCUUGCAACACCAACUGCAGCCCUGUAUCAGAUAAAGUAACUGAACAAGUGUAAUGGAGAAACAUAGUUUAAUCUUUGGCCUUACAAUUUCUUCUUUGCUUACAGCUUUCCUCUCUGCUUAUACCGAUAUUGCUCUGAGUAACCUGCUAGGAUUUGUAAGUAUUACACACCCCACAAUUUUUGUGACAGAAACACUUUCCUUUCAUCAAGAUCACAUAAUUGUUAAACACAUUAGGCCUACAAAUGGAAACUUAAUAUCAAGUUUAAAGGAACUAUAAUGUUUCCAUGUGGUUUUGCAAAAAAAUAAAAAAUAAAAUAAAAUUGGAAAAAGGUUUUCAGUCCAUGUGUCUUUUGGAAAUUGAAUAUGACAUUUUGAAACAGAUUCCAAAAAUAAUAAAACAACUGUUUUUUUGAUUUUUGUUUUAAAAUAAAUACACCUGACUUGAGAUACAGCUUGAUUUCCUUUUUUGUUGUCUGGAAGGAGUGAGGCAAAGUCAAAUCACAGUUUGAUUUUUAAUUUUUAUUUCUAAAAAGAAAAUAGAAUAUAGCCUGAGACAAAAAUCAAAAAAUGGCCCUUAUAUUUGUUUUGGAUUAGCAGAAGUUGUCACUGACAAAAAUAUUGCUCAUACUGACCAGUAGAUGGUGACAGUGUAGUGCAUACAGAUACCAACCGUUGGAAAACCGGGCAGAAGAAGAAGGAGAGGACACAAUUAGUAGGACGCUGUUGGGGGAGAAAUCCAAACAAUAGCAUGUAGUGAUUGUAAAUGACAGAGUUUUAGGGCCACAUUGAGAAAAAUUUUUUUUUACAGACUUCCAAAAUGAAGUCUUAAUUUUACAAUAAUAAAGUAACAAUAUUACAAGAAUAAAGUCAUAAAUUUACAACAAAAAAGCCAACCGCAAAGAUUAAUGAUCACUGAAAUGUGAACGUGCGUCUUCCAGAAAAGAAAUUAAUAUAUUUAUGACAAGCACAUGUAACUACAUUUUAUUUUUGAUAAGUAUGUGGAAACUCAGUUAUUUAUUAAUGUUUGUAAGAGACUUUAAACUUAAGUAUGAAUCUUUGUAUUUAGUGCUAGUAUUAAUUAAAACUUUAGAAAACUUGUAGUUGACUAAAGUGAGGUAUAAAGUAUAAAAGUAAGUGCCUAGUUUUUAAUUGAAACAAAGAAAUAAAGUGUAUUUAUAUGGUCUUAAUAUGCACCAAAAUUGUUGACUUUUUACUGUCUCUCCUGAUAUUAAGGUAUUUUUGUCUGUCCUCAGGUUAGUCUUCCAGCUUGCAGUUGGGCAGCUACUCUGACAACCACCCUGAUGUUGCUGCUGUCUGGCAGUUUAGCAGCUUCUCGUAUCCCAAGCAGUCACGUUAUGGCACCAGAGCACAACUUGCAUUUUAAAAGCCAAUGGGAGGUUGGAAACACUGCAGACAGGGAGAGCGCUGAUGUAGAAAGUCAAACCGCACAAGCUUACGCAAAGACCACUAUGUUGGACCUUUAAAUCUUUGCAUUAUCUGGACUAAAAAUACAGUUAAUAUUUUUUCACAACCUUUUUUUUUUUAACAUAACAUUUCUUUAAAAAAUUAUUCAUCUACAUUUCAAACAUGCUAUCUGCUUUAAAGUUAUUCUGACUGAGACACAAAAGAGUCACACAAAAAAAAAAAAUGAGUGGGAUUAAACUUUUUUCUUUCUACCUCUUUAAAUAUGGAUGUGCAGUAAGCAGAAGGAGGUUGAAUAAUCAUUCUUGUUAUCAUGACAACAAUGAAAACUCUUUAAAUUUGAUUUCUGUCUUCUUGUCUUGUCACACCUGCCUCCUGAUUGUUCAUUGUCACUUGUUACCCUCAUUAACUCUUGUAUUAAAUCCAAAGACUGUAUAUAGAAAGGAUUCCAUCUGCCUCCUUGCUGGGUGAAGCCACCACGAGAACAGCACCCUCUGGUGACAGGCUGCAGUAUAGGUUAUAAAUCCCACCUCUUCCAGCAAUCCCUAUGGGGCUGUGGACAAACUUAAUAAUAAAUCAAUUUCUCUGCCCCCUUCUUGGGAUGUUGACAUGUAGUUACUGUAAGACUGGUUUCUGCUCAAGUUGUCUUUUUUUCUGUGCAGCUCCAUUUUUAAAAGUUAUUAGGGGGUUCAUGUUUUCUAUGAUUGACACUUGAUACAGCCUAUGGGCGUCCAAAGAUUGUGCAGUUCACCUGGGAGAUAUACUGUUUGAGCCGGGCGUUAUCACAGCAACUCUCUGUGACUCUCCCACUGAAUGUGUACAAUGCUACUGCGCAAGUGGUGGAGUGUGUACAACGCUUCUGCGCAAUGUUGGUUUCAGGAAGUGGAGGAACGCUCCACUGACAGCGAUGGUACAAUUGACCUCGACUCCAUGCCAGCUGAUGCAAUGUGGGACUCGAAUGUUUCGGAGUUAAGAGGAACUGAGAGUGUUGUGGUAAGUCUGGGAAAAGCUGUGUGUCACAGUCAGUCCCUGAAUUAGGUCAUGUUUUUGUUUCUUUGAACUGUUGAUGAUCAUUUCCUGGUUUAUUUUCUGUGAAUUCACUCACUCUGUCUCUGUCUUUUCAGAUCCCCCCUCCUCAUGUUCCUGCCUCAUGUGUCUGCUCCUCCCUGAUUAUCCUCACCUGUGUCUCGUUCUCCCUUGAUUGUCUGUGUGUUUAAUCCCCCUGUGUUCUCAUAGUUUUGGCAUUUUAUCACUAGUUUUUUAAUUUUAUCUCAUACUUUUGACUUUUUAUCUCAUAAUUUUGACACUUCAUCUUGUAACUUUAUCUCUGUUUUGACUUUUUUUUGGUCACAAUUACAACUUCUCCUUUUUUUGACUGACAAGGAACAGAAAUGGACACCCAUAACUGGCCCUUGUCAAUUUCUUCAAAUAUUUUUCAAAAGAGUACACAAUACAUUCAAGGGGACAUAUUUCCUAAUGUUAAGAAAGGACAGUUACUGUAAAAAAAAAAAAAAAAAAAGGACCUUAACUUUAACUUCUGCACUCCUGUCAUGGUGCUGAAUCCCUCUUGUCCUUGUCCCGAAAGCGUACAGGAUCAGUAUUGUGCGCAUUCCAUAUUUGCUUCAUAGAGC